AUGGCCUCAACGUCCAAUUCCGAUGGAGCACCUCCAUCCUCCGUCAUGGAUGCAGUUCUCGUCCCGUCAAACGAAAUGCCAGUCAAUGCACAAAAAGUCGAGGAGCUCGACUUUAACAAAUUUGCCGGGCGUCCGAUAACCGUUGAUGAUCUAUUGAGUGGUAUGAAUAAUAUGGGCUUUCAAGCAAGUUCCAUUGGUGAAGCUGUUCGAAUAAUUAAUGAUAUGCGUGCAUGGCGUGGUCCAGAACCAUCCGAUCGUACCACCAUUUUCCUUGGAUACACUUCAAAUUUGAUCUCAAGUGGACUUCGUGGUACUCUUCGCUACCUCGCUCAACAUCGUCACAUUUCUGCAAUCGUCACCACUGCCGGUGGUGUCGAAGAAGAUAUCAUUAAAUGUCUUGGUCCCACCUACAUGGGUUCAUUCUCUACUCCUGGAGCUGAGCUCCGUGCCAAAGGUCAAAAUCGUAUUGGAAAUCUUAUUGUUCCCAAUAACAACUACUGCGCAUUUGAAGACUGGGUAAUGCCCAUUCUCGACACUAUGCUUGCUGAGCAAGAGGAAUCGAAAAAAGAUACUGACACUGACAACCACAUUUACUGGACACCCAGUAAAAUUAUCAGAAGAUUAGGCAAAGAGAUCAAUAACGAAGAGUCACUACUUUAUUGGGCCUAUAAAAAUGAUAUCCCUAUCUUCUGCCCAGCACUUACCGAUGGUUCCUUAGGCGAUAUGCUUUACUUCCACACUUUCAAAUCCUCUCCAGCUCAACUCCGUGUGGAUCUUGUUGAAGAUAUUCGCAAGAUAAAUACUAUGGCUGUACGAGCCAAGCGAGCAGGAAUGAUCAUUUUAGGUGGAGGUGUAGUCAAACAUCACAUUGCGAAUGCCUGUCUGAUGAGAAAUGGAGCCGAGAGCGCAGUUUACAUCAACACUGCGCAAGAAUUCGAUGGAAGUGAUGCUGGAGCAAGACCUGAUGAAGCAGUUAGUUGGGGAAAGAUUAAGGUUGGAGCUGAUAGUGUCAAGGUUUAUGUUGAAGCAACUGCCUGUUUCCCACUGAUAGUGGCAGGUACCUUUGCAAAAGAUCAAGAGAAGAGUGCACCCCAAACAACUUCAAUACCCUCGGAAAAUUAA